AUGGCAUUCGGUCUACUACUUCCUCUGCGCAUCGCUCAGGGCAUCUUUGCUGUCGUUGUCUUGGGUCUUUCAGCUUCUGUCGCCCACUGGUACGAUGCCGACACUUUGACCUCGUCUCCUCCGCAGAUCAACUUCCUGAUCUUCGUCCCCCUUUUCUCAUUUCUCUCUAUCGUCUAUCUUGAAUUCACGCCCCGCUUCCUGGGCACAGCAUCGCAUCCCUACGCCCACUUCGCGCUCGAGCUCUUGAACACCAUUUUCUACUUCGCUGGCUUCAUCGCACUGGCAGCUUUUCUCUCAAAGUUGCUCUUUUGCCGUGGGUCAGUCUGUGCUGCCGCGAGAGCCGAUGCCGUAGUCGCUGCUUUCGGCUGGCUUCUAUGGGCUGCCAGCACCACGAUCCUCGCUCUGCACAUGCUUAGGAAAGGCGGUGCCGAUUCUGAGGAUAAGGUGGCAAUGAAUGAGGCACCUCCACGAGGCAUGAUAUAG